UGAAGACCUCAAAGUUUUCUUUAAGACGAUGGUUCUGGCACAUAACGGGUACACUCUGUUGAAGUGUCACCUUACUCUAGAUAAAAAAUAUAUUGUUGACAAAAGCUUCUAUUUUUGGAUCUUUCAGGUUUUUAAUAGGUAUAGUCUCGGUACAUAACAAAAGUACUCAAGAGUUUGGCUUUGUUGGAGGAAAUUUUGAAUUUAUUGUCGUUGUGUUAAUCUGAGACUGGAAGAGACAAGAGUUGUCUACUCUAUAUAGCCUUGUUUCUCAGUGUCACUUUAUUUUUAAAAUAUAUAUAUAGUAAGGAACAUAGAAAUUUAGAAUGGGAGGGGCAUCACUGCCUCCAGGUUUUCGUUUCCAUCCAACUGAUGAAGAACUAUUAGGAUAUUACCUAAAAAGAAAAGUGGAGGGUCUUGAAAUUGAGCUUGAAGUUAUCCCCGUGAUUGAAUUGUACAAAUUUGAUCCCUGGGAGUUGCCGGAGAAAUCUUUCCUACCAAAAAGAGAUUUGGAAUGGUUUUUCUUCUGUCCAAGGGAUCGCAAGUACCCAAAUGGAUCACGGACUAAUAGAGCUACCAAAGCUGGUUAUUGGAAGGCCACCGGUAAAGACAGAAAGGUUGUAUGCCAAUCAAGUUCACCCACAUCCACUGUGACUGGGUACCGUAAGACCCUUGUUUUCUAUCGUGGAAGGGCCCCUUUAGGAGAUCGAACGGAUUGGGUUAUGCAUGAGUAUCGCCUCUGUGAUGAUCUUGGACAAGGUUCCCAGGGUGCUUUUGCUUUGUGCCGAGUUAUUAAAAAGAAUGAGAAGGCCAACAAUGAUUCCUUGGGAGAACAGAAGGGUAAAAGCAAAGGUGGGAGCAUUUCCAUCAAUGGGAAUGACACCUCAUUGAGAAUCUCGAAUGUCUCUGGUGACAUUUCUUCUCAGGCAGGUCAACUUUGCUGUGAGAGUCGUUAUUCUAGUCCUAUUGAUUCUCCAUGCAAUGUGGCUCCAGUGGCUGGAUUUGAGCAAGCUUCAAUGGACAAUAAUUCUUCAAGCAUCUGGGUGUCCCCUGAUAUGAUUCUUGAUUCUUCAAAGGACUACUCUCAAAUACAAGAUGUGGUUGGAUUCUUUCCACAGUAUGAGUUACUGAGUUCAAUGACUCCGUGGCAAUCAUUUGAACAUACAGAAAUUUCACCUAGUUCAUCCUACUCAAAUUUUAAUGGGGAAAUUGAAUUUUCUGAUGAUCUCAGUCGAAUUGGCUGCAUGUCACCUUACUCAGGACAAGGAAAUUUCAUGGACUAUUAUGGGAAUGAACAUGUGUCUUACGAAUGUUAUGACCAAAUUAAUUCAAUGAGUGACCCAAAACUAUUCUGAAAAGGAAGAACAUUCUCCUCCUUUUAGUAAUGCCUGAUGUUUGAGUUGGGAUCAAGCUCCAAUUUCCAAGCAAACAAAUGAUGAUGGGAGUUUAGGGAAGCAUAGUACUAUAUGGUUGCAGCAAAACAAUUUGUGAUGUGAGGGGCUAGAAGGGAUUUCUAAGACAACGCCUUUUAAUGUACGUCUUGGAGUGAUAAAUAAUGAGUACAAUCCUCUUCUUAUGGACUAAGCAGAAACUUUUCUCUACUUGAAGUGAGUAUGUUUAUCAUUUAUGCUUGUUUAUGUAGAACGCCCGGGUGAUAUCACUUUUUUGGAUUUCACCGAGUUGGUUUAAAUUCAGUCAUUGUAUGUGUGGCUUUAUAGAAUGAGCUUACAUAAUGGAGGAGGUUUAUGUUUGUUGUACCCCCUUACCUUCCAUGUCCAUGUUCCUCUUACAGAGCUUCCGUAAGUUAUUUUCACAAGAACUUUCCUGGGAUAUUAC